CUACUACUGGUAACGGCGGGGUCGUGUGACAGUAGAGUUGGAACCAGUCAACGACGUCACACGUGAAAGAGUGAUCCUGUUCCGUCCUCUGACUCAUCACUAUAAAUACACCUCGUCCCUCUUCUCACUUGCUACAUCUACUGCAACUCUGAAUACCUACUGUGAUGGACUCUCUCCUGCUUCAACGUCGUAACGAUGCCGUUGCUACAAACCCCCCGAACGCUACUUUUGCUUUGACCGAGAAUGGCUCCUCGUGGUUGUGGGCUGUUUUCUGCGUCAUGGCUUUGUCGUGUAUCAUCAUUGCGGCUUUGAGUUUGUUCAAGCCGAUGGGGUACAGGAUCUUUUACUUGCUCAACGUCGCCAUCCUGGCCACCGCCUCCGUCUCCUACUUCUCCCUCGCCUCCGACCUCGGUCUCACCCCCGUCACCGUCGAGUUCCGUGGCCCGGGAACGCGUCAAAUCGCUUACGUCCGCUACAUCGACUGGUUCGUCACUACCCCCCUCCUCCUCACCGAACUCCUCCUCACCGCCGGUCUCCCCACAAACAUCAUCAUCUCCACCAUCUUUGCGGAUUUGGUUAUGAUUAUCACUGGCUUGGCUGGAGCCUUGGUCGUGAGUCGUUACAAGUGGGGGUAUUACACGAUGGGGUGUGUGGCUAUGCUUUGGGUUUUCUGGAACGUGUUUACGGGUAUCAAGGUCUCUGGUAACAUCGGUCCCGACGUCCGCAAGUCUUACACUCUUCUUGCUGUUUGGUUGAUGAUCAUCUGGCUCAACUACCCUAUCUGCUGGGGUCUCGCCGAGGGUGGAAACCGCAUCACGGUCGUCGGAGAGAUGGUCUACUACGGUGUCCUCGACCUUCUCGCUAAACCUGUGUUCGCGGCCAUCUCGUUGGCGGUGCAUUCGAAGAUCGAGUUGUCCAGGCUUGGGUUGAACAACGAGCCUAGGAUGGGACAGAUUGCGCACGGGCAGCGUGGGAUUGAGGGUGGUGCUGGUGUUGAUGAUUAUGGAGCUCCGGCUGGUGCUGGCACUGGGCAUGUUCAGCAAGGUGCCGCCAACGUGUAA